GACGUGAGUUGGAUGAAAGAAGGAGGUUGGAGGAUGCCUCCAAGUUCUGGGUAAUGGCACUUCGAGUGCCACUGAGGGGGAUGUUCCCAACCGUUGAUGCAAUCGAGCAAUGCAUGGGAAAGAUAAUUAAUGCUAUUCCGCCUCAGCCUGAUCUGUCACGCCCCAAACUGAUGAAUAUGAAAUUUGAAUUGGCUCCUGAAGCGGAGGGGGGGUUUAUUCCUAUUCUGCCGCUGCGCUUGGAUGAUGGGGAGGAUAUUAAUGUGGAGUUGGUCUGCAAACACACCCCCUGGUGUGACAGGUGCAAGUGGUGGAAUCAUACAACUACGGAUGGUUGCCCCAAAUUGGUUCAAGCGCGAGACGGCCAGGAAGCUGAAGUGGAUACAACUGACAACUUCUCGCAGCGUAAUAGGCAGCAACUUGCACCUGGAGCAAUCGGUGGGAUUCGGGAAGCAGCGAAAGAUCCUCCAGUCGAAAUUCUGCAUCAAACGGUAGCGGAAUCUUCUAUUCGUGCGGCUUCAAGAAGUCAACAACCGCUACGUCAAGGCCUAAGCGGAAGAUCUCAAGGUAUUAGGAUUCAGUCCCAGCAAACGCAGGGUCAGGGGGCUCAUGCUCACCCAAGCACUGGAACACAGGCGCAGGCCAUACAGGGAGGCAUACCGACGUCUACAGGACUUCACGGAAGAACAGUGGGAACUGGCUUCACUCCGUACAGAUCGAAUCCUCCUCCUGCUUAUUACCAAGGCUAUGGCUUGGGAAAUCCGGAGUUGCAGAGAUUCCCUGGAGUUUGGAACACAAUGGGGGAACAAGCAUGGCAAUCGUCAAUCUUGGCAGCAACAGGCAUCCUAUCAAUAGACCUAAUGGGACAACACGGAGCUACUCCACAGGAUAUGCAGGCUCCUUUGCAGGGUCAUGUACUCGAGGAGACGAGAGACCUGGCACUGGUUCAAAUUAGGGAAAGAGAGGAAAGAUGGCUGGAAGAAAGACUGGAGAGGCAUUCUAUGCAGGAAAGAAGCCCCCGGGGGGAUGGAAUUCCCAGAACAGAAGGCAAGGAACUAGUGGCUUAUACGGGGGGUAUGGAAGGCGGAGUUCAGGAGAGAGGAGGAAGUCAAGAGUUGGUGGAGGAUGUGGGAAUGGCAGGAGAUGAGAACGUGGAGGAUUCUCCGCAGGACAUACACGAUGGUGCUUUUAGCAGAACAGGUGAUGAUCAACAGAUGAUGGACCACCUAAUUCUUCCUUUGGUAUGUACCCUCCAAGGUCACGAGAUCUUCGUCCUUGGUCUUAGAUCAGCAGAAGGGAAGCUGUACAUGCCAACGAGCCCUAUCAUGGAGAUUCCAUCGGUGCAGUUUGUCAUGAUGAAAGUGAGACAGCUCUUUGCAGAACGGUUCUAGUUCCGGCUCUUUCCAGAAAAAACUCAUGUUCGCUUGAUAGU